UUCCCACAUCCAGAAGACGUGCAGUGUGCGUGUCUAGUAGUCACAUUAUCACGGUAGAGCUCCGGCUCCGCUCUCUCUGCAGUCAUGAUCCUGGAGCGAGUAAUCGAGGACUCCACGGAGUUACUGGAUCAAGAGUGGAUCAACAGCCCCAUGAAUCUUGGAUACUUCUAUGGCGGCUCUCCCAGCUCGGACACUGCGACCUCUCCUUCUCACUCCAUCUCCUCUGGCCCCUGCUCCCCUACGUCUGACAGCGAGGGCAGCCUGAGCGCCUCCUGGCCCCGCACUAAGAAGGCUGGACAAGCCAGUGCGGCAGGACGUCCGCCAAAGGGAAGCUUUCAGGGGGUUCGAGUAAAGAAUUCAGUGCGGGAGCUCCUUACCCAGAUGAGAAAUAAGACAGGCCAGGAAAUAGAUGAUUUCCAGAAAUGCAGAAGCCAAGAUCCUUACACUGAACUAAAGAACAUAUUGAGCCAGAAACGGGCCAAUGAUUUCAUAUUGGAUGCACCAGCUGCAAAGAAAGUCUGCAUCUACCAGUCCAGUUCUUUCUUGACCCCACCAAGUACUCCAAACCCUGGUGAAAUCAUGGAUGAUACCUCAAAAAAUGAGAUGAGUGGAGACUCAAACUUAGACCUGCUGAGUUUAAUAAACAUAAAGAAUGAGUCCCAGCCGGUGUCCUUAAACACUGUACGAGUAGACUGGAACAUGCAUACACAAGGACAGUAUUAUCAGCAAGCAGCUCAGAGCUUCUCGCCUCCUCAGGCGUUCAAUGGCUCGUCUCCACAGCAUACAAAUGAUCAGUACCAGAUUGGAGUCCCUCAGAAUGUUUCUCCACAGUGUGCUGGAGACUAUAACACUUACACUCAGUCUGAAGAUUAUCAAGAGAUCCUUUGUUCCAAUGAUGUCUUUAACAGUUGCUCCAUAGACAGCUACCUGUCUCUUAUUGAAUCCACCCCUGCCGAGUCAGUCCUUCCAGGCUUCAACUUGCCUGCAGAUCCUCCUUGCAAUCAGUUUUUAAAUCCUAAUGUCGCCCAGCCAACUCCAAAUCUUUCCCCGCCAACAUCGUGCCAUGUAGAGGUCAAUCAGACAAGCCCAUUUCAGGUUGGAAAAUCAUUCUUUCAGUGGCAGAUAGAACAAGAAGAAAAGAAACUGGCAAAUGUGUCUCCUGAGCAACUCCUGUCUAAAGAUGCAGAUGGUGAUACAUGCCUGCACAUUGCAGUUGCACAAGGAAGACGAGCCCUGUCUUAUGUCAUUGCACAGAAGAUGGCUUCCGUCCAUAUGUUAGAUAUAAAAGAACAUAACAACCAGAGUGCCUUGCAAGUAGCUGUAGCUGCCGACCAACACCUGAUUGUUCAAGACUUAGUCGGCCUUGGAGCACAAGUCAGCACUACAGAUCACUGGGGACGUACACCGAUCCAUGUGUGUGCUGAAAAAGGAUACUCGCAACCGCUGCAGGCAAUCCAAAAAAGCGCAGCAGCUAACAAUCAGUACAUUGAUGUGGACGCGACUAAUUACGAUGGUCUGACACCAUUGCAUUGUGCUGUAAUUGCUCACAAUGCUAUUGUUCAGAGACUGCAGUUUGGUGCACCUGCAAGAGAAGAUCUACUGAUGAAGAAUAAGGCCAUGGUCGACACAGUUAAGACACUUCUUCAAAUGGGAGCUUCAGUAGAAUCAAGGGAUCGAAAAAGUGGAAGAACGGCCCUCCACUUAGCUUGUGAAGAAGCGAACCUUGAACUGAUGAGUCUUUUCUUGGAGUUGCCAAACAGUUUGCAUUUUAUUAAUGCUAAGGCCUACAAUGGAAACACGGCAUUACAUGUUGCAGCAAGCCUACAGAGUAGAAGAGCCCAUGUAGGGGCUGUACGACUGCUCAUGAGGAAGGGGGCUGACCCUAGUGCUAGGAACCUAGAGAAUGAGCAACCUGUGCACCUUGUUCCUGAUGGAGCAGUAGGCGAAGAGAUUAGACGGGUUCUGAAAGGAAAAGCAAUGCAGCAACGUUCACCGUCGUAUUAGGCUCUCUCGGAAUCCAUUUUUAGCAUCACGCCAGUUAGGCUGUCUUUAUUAUGUAAAUAGGUUUGUCCAAAGUAAUGGGCAAAUGGAAGUUUGUUUCUAUGAAACUGUAUGCAAUUGUUCACUAUUAUAUAGUGACCCUAAUUCAUCCCAGCAAUAAAGUCCCGAUUCUUCUUUUUCUCGUUCCUUUAGUGAAUUUGGAGCGAUAUCUCUUCAUCUUGUAUUUUCUUUAUGUAACCAGCAACAUAUAAAACUAGUUCUGGCGGCUGUAAACAUGUGCAACCUCCAUUUAAAUCUGGUCCAUUUUUUAUUUAAUUUUUUUUAACAUAGGAUAAAGAUUGGUAUUAGUUUGUAUUGAAUGAAUUGGUAUUUUCAGAAUUAGUUGGAAAUAUCUCUAGAUGAAUGUACCUACAAUGAAGGACUAUAGUUAUGUUUAACUAUUAUGAUAAGUAUUAAUAUAAUUUAAUUUCAUUAUUUUCUUUUUCAAACUGAUUUGUAUAUUUAUCUGUUUUAUGAUCGAUCAAGCAUAUAUUAUUUUUAUUGUUUUAAUAACGUAGGAUUAUCUAUAAAUUUAGACCAUUGACUAAAUGUGUUUAGUAUUAUAAAGAGCUAUAAAUUUACAAAUGAAA